AUGAAAAUCUACGAGAGUUCUUUCAGCUACGAUUACACAUUCCCGGCCGUCACUUUGGCCUAUUUUCUCCGCUAUCCGAACCCGUAUUCGAGACAUGUCUUGAGCACCGAUGUCAUCGAUCGCUAUGUCGAUCCCGAGACCCAACGCCUUCAUACGGUCAGACUUCAUCUCAAGAAGUCAAAGGUGCCUGCAGGCAUUCUCAAGUUCCUCCCCCGAGGCCUUACCGGGCCCGGUGGCUCCAGUCAAAGCUACAUCCUCGAAAAAAGUACUAUUGACCUGAAGGAAGGUUGGAUGGAAACCGAAUCGAAGAACAUGGAGUGGACCGGUAUCCUCAGUGUUAUCGAACGUCAAAGCUAUCGACGGCAACCGCUCUCGGAAAUCCCGUCCCCAGACCUGUCCACGGAUGAAACCCAGGGAAUCAAGGAAACAACCUCAUGCAAAACCGUGGUUACAUUCGUGUCACAGCUUGGCCAAGGCAAGAUAUUGGGUCGGAAGAAACACGAACACUCUAAAACUCCCGAGGAAGAAACACACAAGCAAGGAUUCUUCGCUGCGUGGUCCGCAGCAGGGAUUCAGAGAACUGUUGAACUCAUAGGUGUGAAACGGACAAAGUCCGCGUUGGUCAACGGGAAAGAGGGCAUGAAUGUGGUUCUUGAGCGACUGCGCAACGGCGGCGUUGUAGGUGUUCUUGAAGGUAUGAGAAGAGACCGUCUGGAAGCCAUGGGCGGAGAAGGACAUUGA